AUGAUCUCGGAUAUUCGAAAAGCAAACUCCGUUCCCAGCUGUGUUCGAGCCGAAGCGGCGAUUUACCCCGAUUCCCCCGUGUCUUCAGCCCCCGAACACGGACAGCUCCUUAUCCGCAGCGGCGCGUCCACGAGAGCCACGAGCACGAGCGCGGAGCGAGACAGCACGGGGACGGUAAGCGGCGCGGUUCCUGCCAUGACCUCGGGCUGUGAUUUCCCUCCAUCCGCUCCUCCCUUCGUCCCGCGUUCCACCAAAAACAUCUUCUACAAGGUUCUGUGUUUCAUCCUGCUCCUUGUUCAAGGGGGCAUCCUUGACUUCUACCUCAUUGCUUUCACAGACCUGUACUGGUGUUCGUGGAUAGCCACAGAUCUGGUGGUGGUCUCCGGCUGGGCCAUCUUCUUUGUCCGAAACGCCCGGAGCAAGCGUGAACGGGCGUGUGGCUUUCGCCAAAAGAGUUCGCUCUUCGGCUGCCACUUGGGUGAGUUUGCCUUUGCACACCUUGCCUGGCUGGUCUAUGUGAUAGCGUACGCCCCCAAGGUGGCGCUUGUGCUCCAGACGUCGAUCCUGGAACUGCUGGCCCGUGAGGUGCCCUUCGGUGCUACCGGUUUUAAGGCGACGUCCUUGCUCAGUGCACCUUUGCUCUUCUGCCUGAUCAACUCCCUUGUGGAGGAUUCCCAUGGUUCCCCGAGGUACCACUCGCACAGCUGCUUUGUGAGCACGUGUGUGGACGUCCUGGAUAGCUUCACGCUCGUCGAGCUGCUCCUCAUAAAGAAUGAGAUCCCGAACACGUACCUGAAGUACUCGGUGAUGGCGGCGUACUUCGUGGCCCUGACUGUCCCGGUGUUAUGGCUCUACGAGCUCUCCACAGCUUCACGCAUGCACUGCCGCUGGAUGUGUUCCCGGUUCCUCGGCAGCGUACUCCUCGACGCACCCUUACUAGCCGUCAGAUGCUUGAUGGUGUUUCUUUACGACAUGCCCGUGUCACUGUUCAUGUUUAAGAAUGUCUUUUUCUUGGCAUGCAAGUGCCUGGAGUUGGUGGAGCAGUGUGCUAGCAUGAGGAGCGUCCGGAAACUCACCCGCGGAGGAGACCCUGCGCGGUUUUCCCACGCCGCCUCGGAGAACGACAUGUGCCCACACGGCUACGUUAACACCCUGGCUGUCAACUCUCAAUCUUAG